UGGAGUUGGCACUCGCAGCGUCCUGGGGACGGCUGUCCUGCUUCCCCAUGGAGAUGCUUCCGAGACUCGCAGCCUCGUCUGAGGAAGAAGAUGGUGGCCUUGAAGGCUUCGAUGACUUCUUCCCUGCCGAGCCCGUGAGCCUUCCCAAGAAGAAGAAAGCCAAGAAGCUGAAGGACAGCAAGUCCAAGGGGAAGCGGAAGAAGAAAGAGGGGAGCAACGAUGAGCUGUCGGACAAUGACGAGGACCUGGAGGAGAAGUCAGACAGUGAGGGGAGCGACUACUCCCCGAACAAGAAGAAGAAGAAGAAACUCAAGGACAAGAAGGAGAAAAAAGCCAAGCGGAAAAAGAAGGACGAGGAUGAGGAUGACAAUGACGAUGGGUGCUUGAAGGAGCCCAAGUCCUCAGGGCAGCUCAUGGCUGAGUGGGGCCUGGACGAUGUGGACUAUCUGUUCUCGGAGGAGGACUACCACACCCUGACCAACUACAAGGCCUUCAGCCAGUUCCUCCGGCCGCUCAUUGCCAAGAAGAACCCGAAGAUCCCCAUGUCCAAAAUGAUGACCGUCUUGGGGGCCAAGUGGCGGGAGUUCAGCGCCAACAACCCCUUCAAGGGCAGUUCCGCGGUGGCGGCGGCAGCGGCCGUAGCUGCAGCUGUAGAGACAGUCGCCAUUGCCCCUCCGCUGGCCAUCAGCCCCCAGCAGGUGCCCCAGCCUGUGCCCAUCCGCAAGGCCAAGACCAAAGAGGGCAAGGGGCCUGGAGUGAGGAAGAAGAUCAAAGGCUCCAAAGACGGGAAGAAGAAGGGGAAGGGGAAGAAGGUGGCCGGGCUCAAGUUCCGCUUCGGGGGGAUCAGCAACAAGAGGAAGAAGGGCUCCUCGAGUGAGGAGGACGAGCGGGAGGAGUCGGAUUUGGACAGCGCCAGCAUCCACAGCUGCUCUGUGCGCUCCGAGUGCUCCUCAGCCCUGGGCAAGAAGAGCAAGAGGAGGCGCAAGAAGAAGAGGAUUGACGAUGGUGACGGCUACGAGACGGACCAUCAGGAUUACUGCGAGGUGUGCCAGCAGGGUGGGGAGAUCAUCCUGUGUGACACCUGCCCGCGGGCCUACCACCUGGUGUGCCUGGACCCCGAGCUGGAGAAGGCCCCCGAGGGCAAGUGGAGCUGCCCGCACUGUGAGAAGGAGGGCAUCCAGUGGGAGCCGAAGGACGACGACGACGAGGAGGAGGAGGGCGGCUGUGAGGAGGAGGAGGACGACCACAUGGAGUUCUGCCGCGUGUGCAAGGACGGCGGCGAGCUGCUGUGCUGCGACGCCUGCCCCUCCUCCUACCACCUGCACUGCCUCAACCCGCCGCUGCCCGAGAUCCCAAACGGUGAAUGGCUCUGCCCGCGCUGUACUUGUCCCCCACUGAAAGGCAAAGUCCAGCGGAUUCUACACUGGAGGUGGACGGAGCCCCCAGCACCCUUUAUGGUUGGGCUGCCAGGACCCGACAUAGAGCCAGGCAUGCCUCCACCCAAGCCCUUGGAGGGCAUCCCGGAGAGGGAGUUCUUCGUCAAGUGGGCUGGGCUCUCCUACUGGCACUGCUCCUGGGUGAAGGAGCUGCAGCUGGAGCUGUACCACACGGUGAUGUACCGCAACUACCAAAGAAAGAAUGACAUGGAUGAGCCGCCGCCCUUUGACUACGGCUCUGGGGACGAGGAUGGCAAGAGUGAGAAGAGAAGAAACAAGGACCCCCUCUACGCCAAGAUGGAGGAGCGCUUCUACCGCUACGGCAUCAAGCCCGAGUGGAUGAUGAUCCACCGCAUCCUGAACCACAGCUUCGACAAGAAGGGGGAUGUGCACUACCUGAUCAAGUGGAAAGACCUGCCCUACGACCAGUGCACCUGGGAGAUCGACGACAUCGACAUCCCCUACUACGACAACCUGAAGCAGGCCUACUGGGGCCACAGGGAGCUGAUGCUGGGGGAGGACGCCCGGCUGCCCAAGCGGCUUGUCAAGAAGGGCAAGAAGCUGAAGGACGACAAGCAGGAGAAGCCGCCGGACACGCCCAUUGUGGACCCCACGGUCAAGUUCGACAAGCAGCCGUGGUACAUCGACGCCACAGGCGGCACCCUGCACCCGUACCAGCUGGAGGGCCUCAACUGGCUGCGCUUCUCGUGGGCGCAGGGCACCGACACCAUCCUGGCCGACGAGAUGGGCCUGGGGAAGACGGUGCAGACCAUCGUGUUCCUCUACUCGCUGUACAAGGAGGGCCACUCCAAGGGGCCCUACCUGGUCAGCGCACCCCUGUCCACCAUCAUCAACUGGGAGCGCGAGUUUGAGAUGUGGGCGCCCGACUUCUACGUGGUCACCUACACGGGGGACAAGGAGAGCCGCUCCGUGAUCCGCGAGAACGAGUUCUCCUUCGAGGACAGCGCUGUCCGGAGUGGGAAGAAGGUGUUCCGCAUGAAGAAAGAAGUGCAGAUCAAGUUCCACGUCCUGCUCACCUCCUACGAGCUCAUCACCAUCGACCAGGCCAUCCUGGGCUCCAUUGAGUGGGCCUGCCUUGUAGUGGAUGAGGCCCACCGGCUCAAGAACAAUCAGUCCAAGUUUUUCAGGGUUCUAAACAGCUACAAGAUUGAUUAUAAGCUGCUGCUGACGGGGACCCCCCUUCAGAACAACCUGGAGGAGCUCUUCCAUCUCCUCAACUUCCUGACCCCGGAGAGGUUCAACAACCUGGAGGGCUUCCUGGAGGAGUUUGCGGACAUCUCCAAGGAGGACCAGAUCAAGAAGCUGCACGACCUGCUGGGGCCGCACAUGCUCAGGCGGCUCAAGGCGGAUGUGUUCAAGAACAUGCCGGCCAAGACCGAGCUCAUCGUGCGCGUGGAGCUGAGCCAGAUGCAGAAGAAAUACUACAAGUUUAUCCUCACGCGGAACUUCGAGGCGCUGAACUCCAAGGGGGGCGGGAACCAGGUGUCGCUGCUCAACAUCAUGAUGGACCUGAAGAAGUGCUGCAACCACCCCUACCUCUUCCCCGUGGCUGCUGUGGAAGCCCCCGUCCUGCCCAACGGCUCCUAUGAUGGUAGCUCCCUGGUGAAGUCCUCAGGGAAACUCAUGCUGCUGCAGAAGAUGCUGAAGAAGCUGCGGGACGAAGGGCACCGUGUGCUCAUCUUCUCGCAGAUGACCAAGAUGCUGGACCUUCUGGAGGACUUCCUGGAGUAUGAGGGCUACAAGUAUGAGCGGAUUGACGGUGGCAUCACCGGGGGUCUCCGGCAGGAGGCGAUUGACAGAUUCAACGCCCCUGGGGCCCAGCAGUUCUGCUUCCUUCUGUCCACCCGGGCGGGCGGCCUGGGCAUCAACCUGGCCACGGCAGACACGGUCAUCAUCUACGACUCGGACUGGAACCCACACAAUGACAUUCAGGCCUUCAGCCGCGCCCACCGCAUCGGGCAGAACAAGAAGGUGAUGAUCUACCGCUUCGUGACGCGGGCGUCGGUGGAGGAGCGCAUCACACAGGUGGCCAAGCGCAAGAUGAUGCUGACCCACCUGGUGGUGCGGCCCGGCCUGGGCUCCAAGUCGGGCUCCAUGACCAAGCAGGAGCUGGACGACAUCCUCAAGUUCGGCACAGAGGAGCUCUUCAAGGACGACGUGGAAGGCAUGAUGUCCCAGGGCCAGAGGCCGGCCACGCCCAUCCCUGAUGUGCAGUCCUCCAAGGGCGGUGCCCUGGCCGCCAGCGCGAAGAAGAAGCACGGUAGCACCCCGCCAGGUGACAACAAGGACGUGGAGGACAGCAGCGUGAUCCACUACGACGAUGCGGCCAUCUCUAAGCUGCUGGACCGGAACCAGGACGCCACAGACGACACCGAGCUGCAGAAUAUGAAUGAGUACCUAAGCUCCUUCAAGGUGGCGCAGUACGUGGUGCGCGAGGAGGAUGGUGUGGAGGAGGUGGAGCGGGAGGUGAUCAAGCAGGAGGAGAAUGUGGACCCUGACUACUGGGAGAAGCUGCUGCGGCACCACUACGAGCAGCAGCAGGAGGACCUGGCCCGGAACCUGGGCAAGGGCAAGCGCAUCCGGAAGCAGGUCAACUACAACGACGCCUCCCAGGAGGACCAGGAGUGGCAGGAUGAGCUCUCGGACAACCAGUCUGAGUAUUCCAUCGGCUCUGAGGAUGAGGACGAGGACUUCGAGGAGAGGCCGGAGGGCCAGAGUGGACGGCGACAGUCCAGGAGGCAGCUCAAGAGUGACAGGGACAAGCCCCUGCCGCCUCUGCUAGCUCGAGUCGGUGGCAACAUCGAGGUGCUGGGCUUCAAUGCGCGGCAGCGGAAGGCCUUCCUGAACGCCAUCAUGCGCUGGGGCAUGCCGCCCCAGGACGCCUUCAACUCCCACUGGCUGGUGCGGGAUCUGCGGGGCAAGAGCGAGAAGGAGUUCAGAGCCUACGUGUCCCUCUUCAUGCGGCACCUGUGUGAGCCGGGGGCCGAUGGUGCAGAGACCUUCGCGGACGGCGUGCCCCGGGAGGGGCUGUCACGGCAGCACGUGCUCACGCGCAUCGGGGUCAUGUCACUGGUUAGGAAGAAGGUUCAGGAGUUUGAGCACGUGAACGGCAAGUACAGCACCCCGGAUCUGGUUCCCGAGGGGCCUGAGGGCAAGAAGCCAGGCGAAGUCAUCUCCUCAGACCCCAACACACCAGUGCCUGCCAGCCCUGCCCACCUGCCACCUGCCCCACUGGGCCUGCCAGACAAAGUGGACACCCCGCUGGGCUGCGUAGAGGAGAAGGAGCCAGGGCUGCAGAAGCCAAAGAAGCCCCUGGACACCCAGGCCCCGCCAGCUGCCCUGGACAGAGUGGAGGGGGAGGACAAGCACGAGAGCUUGGACAGCAAGGACAGAGCCCGCGACGAGCGGCUGGAGGAGGUGGAGAAGGCCCAGGGCUCCCCGGAGCAGCUGCCCAAAGAGGAAGCGCCUCCCGAGAAGGAGAAGGCCCCAGACAAGCUGGACCUUGGGCUCAGUCACGGCAGAGGGGACAGCGGGGACUUCGGGCCAGAUGACUCCAAAACUGAUGAGAAGGAGGCCAGCGAGACCCAGCAGAAUGGUGACAGAGAGGAAGACGAGGAGGGCAAGAAAGAGGACAAGAAUGGCAAAUUCAAGUUUAUGUUCAACAUUGCGGACGGUGGCUUCACAGAGCUGCACACCUUGUGGCAGAACGAGGAGCGGGCUGCGGUGUCCUCGGGGAAAAUCUACGACAUCUGGCACCGGCGCCAUGACUACUGGCUGCUGGCGGGCAUCGUGACGCACGGCUACGCCCGCUGGCAGGACAUCCAGAACGACCCCAGGUACCUGAUCCUCAAUGAGCCCUUCAAGUCGGAGAUCCACAAGGGGAACUACCUGGAGAUGAAGAACAAGUUCCUGGCCCGCAGGUUCAAGCUGCUGGAGCAGGCGCUGGUCAUUGAGGAGCAGCUGCGGAGGGCCGCGUACCUCAACAUGACCCAGGACCCCAACCACCCGGCCAUGGCCCUCAAUGCCCGCCUGGCAGAGGUGGAGUGCCUGGCCGAGAGCCACCAGCACCUGUCCAAGGAGUCCCUGGCCGGGAACAAGCCAGCUAAUGCCGUGCUGCACAAGGGGGCAGGCAAAGCGUCCACUUCUGGCCUCCCGCCCUGCAGUACUGAACCAGCUGGAGGAGCUGCUGAGCGACAUGAAGGCGGACGUGACGCGUCUGCCCUCCAUGCUGUCCCGCAUCCCCCCGGUGGCUGCCCGCCUGCAGAUGUCGGAGCGCAGCAUCUUGAGCCGCCUGACCAACCGCGCCGGGGACCCCACCAUCCAGCAGGGCGCUUUCGGCUCCUCCCAGAUGUACAACAGCAACUUUGGGCCCAACUUCCGGGGCCCUGGACCGGGAGGGAUUGUCAACUACAACCAGAUGCCCCUGGGGCCCUAUGUGACCGACAUCUAGCCGGCCCCGCAGCAUCCGCCCGUCGCAGCGCUCAUUUCCAGCCGAGCCGCGCUUGCUGGGCCUCCUGCCUGACCCCCACGGGAGAGAGAAGCUGCCGACUUGUAGGAGCCGGUUCCACCUCGGGACAAAAAGGGAAACGGAGUGAUACUGUCACACGGAGGAUGAGGCCCCGCCCGGCCGAGCCAGAGCCCAGAAGUGCCACCUCGUCCUAAUUCAAGUGUCCAUCCACAGCCACGUGGAUGUGCCCCGGCCCCCCUUUCAGAGCGACUUCUAGAAAAGAUUCAUUUAUCUGUACAUCUUUGCACUUUCCUAUUGAAGACAUGGACGCUUUAGUCUUGAUAAAAGUUGGAUGACGUGUGGAAGAUUCGGGCCUAGAGCACCCGUGUCGCUGUCACCGGGCUCUGGACCUGAAGGAAAGCUCCCUGACUGCCCUGCUGGAGAGGACACAAUGCCUGGUGACAUAACGAGCCCUGAGGGUGUCCCUCACCUCAUCUGCCUGUCUGUGAUGACCCUUCUGCUCUGUCCCCUGACUGCCUGGGACCCCUGCGCCAGAUGGCUCAGGGAGUGGCUGUCCAGCCCCGUGGUAGGGACACUGGCUGGUCCCAGGUCUGAGCAGGUGUUUCCUGCCUCCUUCCUGGGAUUUCCUGGAGCAGGUGGGCACAAGUCUGUCCCUGGCCCGGCGUGGCAAAGGCUUUGGGCUCUGGUUAUAGCAGUGGGGUGGUGACCUUUGUGGUGCAUGGCAGGCUGGAGUGUGUGUCCCAGAGGUGGGCAGGGCCUGAAGCCGUGACAGAGCCACUGCAGGAAGGGGCGGGAGGGUCCCUGUCUGCCGGAAGUGUGGCUGCAGGCAGGUGUAGCUCGUGCCCUCGCAGGGAGGGUCAUAGUCACGGUGCCCCAGGAGGCCCUGGGAUCCCCAUCCCACUCACCUUCGGGUGCGGACUUCCCUGUCCAGAGAGUGCCCUGGGCCACAGACACCAGGGAACCAGACAGACCCCUCUUGGAGCGGGACUCCUCUCUCUCUGUCCCUGCAGAGGCUUAGAGGUGACACUUUCUGCAUAGGGCCACCGUGUGCUUGCUGAGUUCUUGGAGGGUAGGGGCAGGACCCGUGGGCCUCUGUCUCCCAGGUGCCUGCCUCAUUCUCUGCAGGAGCAGCCUGAAGCCCUGGGCCGUCAUCUCCUGGGGCCGUGUGCUGGAGUGCCACUGUGGUACCAUAGUGUGGUACCAUGCUGUGGCCCUGGCUGGGGUGAGGCUUGGGGACCCAGCCAGGCCGGAGGCCAGUCUGUCUCUGACCCUUCCGCUGGCCCCAGCCCAGCCUGGGAGGAAGGGACCGAGGGGACAGAAUGCUUCGAGCGUGAGGAGGAGGCCCUGCGUAGGGCAGUGGAGUAGCUCUCCGGGGACACUCGAUGUCUGUGGGCCUGGCUGGGGCUGGGGGCAGGGCAGUCUCUGCAGCAUCUCAUGGACUCACAGUCUGCAGUGUGGCUCUUUCUCUGAACCCCCAAAGGGCCAGGUCCCCCAACCCCUUCAACCUUGGCUGGCUUCCCACACUCCUGUCUUCAUCGAGAGCCCCAAGGGGGCAGAGUGGGGAGCCCAGGAGGCGGGGAGCAUUGUGAGGGGCCCAGAGCAUGGCCUGGGCUUCGUUUCACUGCUGGCAGGACUGGGGACCUGAGUGGCAGAGUCCCUGCUGGCGGCCCGUGUUCCCGUUCCCCAGUGGGGCCCGGUUUCUGCGGAACAGUCUUUGGGUCAGAGGUCUCAGAAGGUGCUCUGGUGACGCUGGGAGUUGGGUGUGGAGUCCUGUGUCCCCAGGAACAGUCUGAGGGGAGGAGAUGCACCCUGAAAGCCCCCUCUGGAAGCUCCUCUGCGUCCUGUGAAUCUGGCUUCUCUGUGUUCAAGGUCAUCCUGGGUGCCUGGUGCCUCCGAGGUACCUCCAGGCUCCCGAGCCCCAGGCUGGGGCUGACAGGGUCCUUGCAGUGGCUCCUGCCGCCCUGCCAGGCACUGUAGGCGGGGCUGAGGAGAGGGCAGGCUGGAGGACCUGGGAGGACGAGCAUUGGUCACUUGGAGCCUCAGGCUGCGCUCAGCGCCCACCGCUGCCUGGUGGCCUGGCGGUGCCAGGAGGCGCAGGAAGGAGGCCGUGCGCCGCGGUUUAUACACCCGGAAGUUUACAGUGGUGGCGCAUCAGCCCAAAGUCAUUGGCAUUGUGUUUAUGAUCUUUCCCCCGUUAAUUUUCAGGAUUUUUUUUUAACAAAGUAUUUUUUUAGGUGCGAUGACCCAGAAAGGGCCCGUCGGGUGUGUGUGUGUGUCCCGAACUCUUCUCGUAGAGGGCGGAGCCGGUCUGGGGGCAGCGGGGCGUGGGGGUGGCACCCGGCAAGCUGGGGGCUCUCAGCCAGGGUCCCAGCAGACGGGUGGAGCUUUGGACGCCAGGCCCCCCUGUGAGUCGUGACGUGUUCCCCGUCCUGGCCUGAGGGAGGCUGGACCGUGGCUGUAGCCAGCGCAGUCACCUUUACUUUGUACUCUGUGUAUGUUUUGGUUUCUGUGUUUUAAUAAAUCCUUUGGGAAGGGAA